AUGGACCGGAGCAACGACUUUGAGACGCUCCUGGAGCUGCUGGCUAACAUAUUCCGCUCCAACAAAUGGCGCGAGGUCACCUUGGUGCUGUGCCAGGCCUGGGACGUCCCUGCCUUUGUGGACCUGUGGAGCAGCUACGCCGAGCUGGAGAGGACGGCUGUGGUGGACCUGAGCUUCCACGAGGAGAAAGAGGCCGCCCGCCUCCUGCGCCGCCACUUGGAGGAGUACCGGGAACUUCCCGGCCCCGCUCUGCUCUUUGGCUGCAAUGCCCACCACUCCCAGCUGGUCUUCCGGACGGCCAGGGACCUCGGGGUGCUCCAGGAGUUUCACUGGGUGCUGGGGCAGCCCCAGAACGUGGACGAGCUUCGGACGGAAGGGCUGCCCCUGGGGCUCUUAGCCUACGGGGAGGUGGGCAGGCCGUCCCUGGAGCAGUUCGUCCACGACGCAGUGGAGCUGGUGUCGAGCGCCAUCUCCAGGGCCGUUUACGUCCGCCCGGACCUCGCCCUCAUCCAGAACAUGGUGAACUGCAACGACAAGCACACCGUCGCCUCCGAGUCCUCAGGGCGCUACCUCUCCCAGUGAGUAAGCCGGGGGUCCCAGAAAUUUGUGGUGGCUAGGGGGAGGACGAAAAAGCAUUUUAGAAGACCUGUGGCCAGUGCGAGUUCCCGUUCUCAGCAGACUGAGAAGGGGCACUCAUCCAGAGGUGCAACAGGCAGGUGAUUGAGCUUCACCUCUGCAUGGAUUGGGUGAUGCCUGACACAGAGGCAAGCCCAAAACAAGGACCUGUCAAGAGAUGUGACAGGCUAAGAAUGGGGAUUCUUCCAGAGAUGCAACAGGCAGCCUCUCCUGUGGGCAGGUGAUUCCAUUUCUUCUUUGCAGGAAUGGAGGUGAUCUGGUCUGGCAAGCCCUGACUCAUACAGAGUUGCGACGGGCAGCUGCCUGUGAAGACUGGCAGCUGUGCUGUAUCCCUGCAGUGGAAGAGAAUGACUGAUCCAGUUAUGCCCAGAAUAGAGUGGGAGUCAUGGAGGCUGAGUGGUAGGAGGCAGGCCCAGAUCGGCAGGCUCCUUUGGGAACCUGGGUGCUCCUCAUCAGAAGGGGCUUGCACUCACUGCCUGUUAACCCCUGAGACAGUUUUAAGGCUCUGCUACUACCACAAGUUAACAUCCAACUAUUGCAUCACGGCCAAGUGGGAAUGUCAUGCUCCUGCUCCCCUUUCUCUCUCUUGUGGCAGGUAGUUCCACAAGUUUAUAUAUACAACCAAUGCAGCCUAUUAUUAUUAUUUAAAUUUUAUUAACAUAUAAAACACAUACAUAUACAUUUACACAAUUACACAAUACAUGUACACAGCAUACUACCUUAUAUUCAUAACAUAAAACAUACCUACAUUACUCUAUAUAAUGCCUAUCUAUACUGUACAUAUCAACAUACCUACACACCUGCCCCACACGGACACCCACCAAGUGACUUCCAGCCGUUCUUGUUACGCUACUUUUCCCCCCAACUAGCUUAAACACAUUUCAUUACUUCUUUAAUCUCUUCUUCUAUCUUAACUUUACUCUCCUUUCACUCUAAUCAUUUUCUGGAUUCACUCAGUAUCUGUCAGAAUUUCCACCUUUUCCACAUAAAUUUUGAUGUAUUCCUUAAAGAUAGCCCACUCCUUAUUCACUUUUUGUACCAUAUCUCCUCUUAUCCUCCCUGUUAGUUCGGCAGUAUGGAAGUAUUCCAUCAUUUUAGAUAACCAGUCUGUUUUAGUUGGGACGCUGCUGCUUUUCCAAUUUUUGGCAAUCAAUAACCUUGCCACCGUAGUUGCAUACAUAAAUAUUGUUCUGACCAUUCUUUUUAUUUCCUCUGACAUGAUGCCUAGGAGAAAAGAUUCUGGGUUUUUUUCAAAUGAAAAUCUAAACAUCUUUUUCAAUUUGUUAUAGAUAUUUUCCCAGAAUCCCACUAUCUCUUUGCACUCCCACCACAUAUGUAGAAAGUUUCCUGCCCCAUUGUUGCAUCUCCAACAGACAUCACUACAGUUUUUAUACAUUUUUGACAGUCUGACCGGGGUCAGGUACCAUCUAUAUUGCAAUGGGAAUGGCUGUGGAAAAAAGAUAUCAAAUUUACGGCAUGUUAUAAUUUAAGAGAGAAUGUAAUUUAAGAGAGAAUGCAGCGUAUCUUACCAGGAACCCAGCCUCCUGCUUUCCUCUCCCUCCCUCCCUCCCUCUUUCUCUCGGUUCCAGGUUUUUAGCCAACACGUCCUUCCGCGGCCAGACGGGGGAGGUCUUCGUGCACAACACGUCCCGCGUCCACACAGAUCGCCACUACAAAGUCUGGAGCCUCCUGAGGGACUCUGUGGGGCAGCCCACCUGGGUGACGGUGGGGACCUGGAAAGGGGGCGAGAUGGAGGUGGAGGAGCGGACGUGGCCCCAGCACCUGCAGCGCAGGAACCAGGCAGAGGGCUUUUGCCGCAUGAAACUGCGCGUGGUGACCUUGGUAGAGCACCCUUUCGUCUUCACCAGGGAGGUGUGUACGAACCAGAAAGUGCCUGCAUUUAUUCAAAAGCCUUUUUUAAAAAAAGCAAUCUUGUUUACGUCAGGGGUAAGAGGUGUGGGUUAAUGUGCACAACAGCCAGUCAUUGUGCAACAUUCCUCACAGCCUCUUGGACCUUAUACACAACGGCUGGGAAAUGUACCAAAAGAAAAAAGAAAAAAGCAGUCAACAUACGCAUGCUCCCCAAGGCCUGCUGGUAAUUGUCUACACUGACAAGGAAAUGUGCAAAGUCCCCUCUCCAUGGACAUGUUAUGUGCACAUUCUCUAGGAAGGCUGGUCAAUGUGCAGAAUGACUGGCUGUUAAUGCACAUUAACCACUCACAGAGGAGGCUGUCCAUCCAAGUCAGACUCAGAGGAGUUCCACUUUCUUAAACUGGUCAUGCCCAUUGAUUUCAGCGGACCUACUCUGAGUAGAACACAACCCACGAGGACGAGGAGACAGAGCCAUCAUUUUAAGCCAAACUUCCUUGCUGAGCUAGGGCAGGGGUUUUCAACCCGUGUUCUGUGGCACCCUGGGGUGCAGCGGGCAUCACUGUCCUCUGUCCCUCUUCCCUUCCCUUCCUCCUCUGAUGCCCUCUUGCCCCUCUGCCUCCCAAAGGCUUGCACAGCUGUUUAGUGCAGCAGCCCUGGCUACAAGCUCCCCAUGCGAAUGGUGCCUCUGGGGCUGGCCAGGGGGUGCUGGGCGCCAGGAGCUGAGGCAGCCUUGGAGUAAGUAAGCAAGCAAGCGGACGAGGGAGCCCAGUCAGCCAGUUGGGAAUGGACAGACGAGUGGGCAGCUGGGCAGCCAGGCAGGCAGGCACUGUGCUGGCCUUUCUUGUGCUUGCUGCGUGCCAGGCCUGCCUGGGAGCUGAGUGCCCAGUGCUCAGAAGAGGAGCUUUCCCGCCUUGCAGGCCUGGCAGCACCCACUGCUGCCUCCCAAGUUAAUGUCAGGAGAUCAGCCUACACUCGAGUAGGACCCUGGCAGAGACACAUGCCCGACUGGCAUGUUGCUUAGUGAGCAGGGGGAGUCAGUGGCAGAAGCUGAAGCAGGAGAGGAGGGAGGCCAGGAGGCAGAGAUGGUGAAGAGUCACGGGUGUCUCCCCCUCCUCCUGCAACAAGCUCCCCUCCCUGCUUGUCUCCCAGGACCAGGAAGGGCAUGAAAAGUGCAGAGGGGAGGUUGGCUGCACGCAGAUGCAGUCUCCAGUUGCUUGGGGAAACCCUGGAGAGGAGAGGAUUUAAAUGGCUAUGGGUCUUGGCAACUGAUCCAUGGGGCAAGACCUAGUGGGGGUGAACUGCUGUGCUCAUCAGUCUGUGCAGAUCGUGUUUUUGCUGGUAAAGAGUUAACUCCAACUUGCACAGUGUGAUUUAUUGCUGGCUGGCUCCUGACAUCUAAGAGAGAAAGAGAGAGAGAAAGAGAGAAAGAGAGAAAGAGAGAAAGAGAGAGAGAGAGAGAGAGAGAGAGAGAGAGAGAGAGAGAGACAUACUAAUCUGUGGUUUAUGCAGGUGGAUGAAGAAGGCAACUGUCCUGCUGGCCAGCUGUGUCUGGACCCCCGAACCAACGACUCGGGCGUGCUGGACACCCUCUUUGACGAGCUCAACUCCGAGAACGGCUCAGUCCCUGCCGAGUACCGGAAAUGCUGCUACGGCUACUGCAUCGACCUCCUGGAGAAGUUGGCCGAGGACCUCCCCUUUGACUUUGACCUCUACAUCGUGGGGGACGGGAAGUACGGGGCCUGGAAGAACGGCCGCUGGACAGGGCUGGUGGGGGACCUCCUGAGUGGGACGGCCCACAUGGCAGUGACGUCCUUCAGCAUCAACUCGGCCCGCAGCCAAGUGAUCGACUUCACCAGCCCCUUCUUCUCCACCAGCCUGGGCAUCCUGGUGAGGAUCCGGGACACGGCGUCUCCCAUUGGAGCCUUCAUGUGGCCGCUGCAUUGGACGAUGUGGGUGGGCAUCUUUGUGGCUCUCCACCUGACCGCCCUGUUCCUCACCCUCUACGAGUGGAAGAGCCCCUACGGGAUGACCCCCCACGGGCGCAACCGCAUGAAGAUCUUCUCCUACUCCUCAGCGCUCAACCUCUGCUACGCCAUCCUCUUUGGGCGAACCGUCUCCAGCAAGACCCCCAAGUGUUGGACCGGGCGCUUCCUGAUGAACCUCUGGGCCAUCUUCUGCCUCUUGGUCCUUUCCAGCUACACCGCCAACCUGGCUGCCGUGAUGGUGGGAGAGAAGACCUUCGAGGAGCUGUCUGGGAUUCACGACCCCAAGGUCAGUGCAGGGUUUGGUAACCUCUGAGUGCUGCCAUUUGCUGGCCUUGCAUGGCACUGCCUGCUGCACAGCGCCACCUAGUGGCUCUUGCACGACACUGCCUGCUCCGCAGCUCCACCUAGUGGCUCUUGCACGGCACUGCCUGCUGCACAGCGCCACCUAGUGGCCCUUGCACAGCACUGCCUGCUCCGCAGCUCCACCUAGUGGCCCUUGCAUGGCACUGCCUGCGGCACAGCGCCACCUAGUGGCCCUUGCACGACACUGCCUGCUGCACAGCUCCACCUAGUGGCUCUUGCACGGCACUGCCUGCUCCGCAGCUCCACCUAGUGGCUCUUGCACGACACUGCCUGCUGCACAGCUCCACCUAGUGGCUCUUGCAUGGCACUGCCUGCUCCGCAGCUCCACCUAGUGGCUCUUGCACGACACUGCCUGCUGCACAGCUCCACCUAGUGGCUCUUGCACGGCACUGCCUGCUGCACAGCGCUACCUAAUGGCUCUUGCACGGCACUGCCUGCUGCACAGCGCCACCUAGUGGCUCUUGCACGGCACUGCCUGCUGCACAGCACCACCUAGUGGCUCUUGCACGGCACUGCCUGCUGCACAGCGCCACCUAGUGGCCCUUGCACAGCACUGCCUGCUCCGCAGCUCCACCUAGUGGCCCUUGCAUGGCACUGCCUGCUGCACAGCGCCACCUAGUGGCCCUUGCACAGCUCUGCCUGCUGCACAGCCCCACCUAGUGGCCCUUGCCAUUUAUACAACUAAUGCCGUAGUCCAGCUUUUGCUGCCAGACCACAACCUCAGAGUUGGGAGGGACCCCAAGGGUCAUCUACCCCAACCCCAUGCAAUACAGGAAUCUCAAAUUAAGAUUUUAAGUCUGCUUGCUUCUAUUAAAAAAAAAAAACCCACCAUGUGGUCCCUGUUUUGCUUUUUGGCAGCUGCACCAUCCUUCACAAGGAUUCCGAUUUGGGACUGUCUGGGAGAGCAGUGCGGAGGAAUAUAUCAAGAAGAGUUUCCCAGACAUGCACGAAUACAUGCGGCGGCUGAGUGUCCCCACGACCCCUGCGGGCAUCAAAAUGCUCAAGUGAGUUGGGGGUGGAGUGGGUGGGAAAACUCGGUUUAGUUUGCAUUUGAAGGGAGACCGACCAAAUCAACACUCCCCCCCCCCCCAAGAAAUAUGCAAGCUGAAACAAACCCAUCUUUUGAAAUUGUGCUGCCAGCACAGCCAGGAGAGGUACUGUUGGAAAGGUAAGAUAGAUACAUGAGCGUAGUCCCCUUCUGUAAUCAAGUACAUAAAUAAAAAUACUUAACUAAGAGCAGAAAUUGUAGAAAGGUUUUGACAGAUUUUUCUGAGCACUUGGGGUCAAAAGAAAGUAAUUUGAAACAACGGUUGUGGAGACAUUUCAUUCCGAAUCUGCUAGACAAAGCCAGAUAAAGAGUAAUGAGUUGGGUGUCUUUCCCCCCAUGACAUACGGUAAAUCCUGGCUGCACCCAUGGAUAGAUAGAUAGAUAGUUGGGGUGUAUGGGGUAAUAAUGGGAUAGAUAGAUAGUUAGGGGAGGGGUAAUAAUAAUAAUAAUAAUAAUAAUAAUAAUAAUAAAGUGGUGAUGUGGGUUAAACUACAGAGCCUAGGACUUGCCGAUCAGAAGGUUGGCGGUUCGAAUCCCCGCGACAGGGUGAGCUCCCGUUGCUCGGUCCCUGCUCCUGCCAACCUAGCUGUUUGAAAAUACAUCAAAGCGCAAGUAGAUAAAUAGGUACCGCUCUGGCGGGAAGGUAAACGGCGUUUCCGUGCUCUGCUCUGGUUCCCCAGAAGCGGCUUACUCAUGCUGGCCACAUGACCCGGAAGCUGUACACCGGCUCCCUCGGCCAAUAAAGCGAGAUGAGCGCCGCAACCCCAGAGUCGGUCACAACUGGACCUAAUGGUCAGGGGUCCUUUACCUUUUAAUAGUAAUGAUAAUAAUAAUAAUAAUAAUUGGACGAGACCAAAUGUGGGUCCAGGAGUCAAGAAGGCAGGUGCCUUUGCUGUGUUCUUUUCGGCGCCUGCUAAAAACAUGCCCGUUUAAAAAGGGGUUUCUGUACAUGCUGUGGAGGAAGUGAGGGGCAGGUGGGGCUCAUCCACCUGGGAAGGGAGCCCAUCUAGGAGAAGGAAAACUCUGACCCUAAACCUCCGCUGCUUGCGGGAUAUCUUCAGAAGAACAGGCUUAGCAGUAAAUCCUACACAAAUGCAGAGUGGAGUCCCUAAGGUGGUUGAAUGGUGCCUUGCACGCCUCCUUCCGGCAACUCCUGCAGCCAGUAGGUAACCAAACCAACCCCUGUGUCGCAAAGAGAACGUCAGCAAUGUCCAGGCAACACGAUGACCAUAUACAUACGCAAUGGACAAUCUUUAUAGAAUUCCUUCAAACCAUAACAAAAUGAAAUCUUUAGUCUCAAAGUCUCUGAAAAUCUUUAAAUGAAGCGAGGCACCAGACUGUGUAUGAUGAAAGACAAGCUGUGAAGCUUUGUGUAUACAGCCAAUAUGAUGUCCAACACUGAACAGUGAUUCCGGAUAUUGACUACUGUUUCGCAGAAUUCUUUGUCAGCGUGGUGGGAGGAUAUAGAAUUGCUUCAUAAACCCAUCUUAUUUCGAAUGAAUGUAUGUAAAUGAAAAUAUCAAAUGCUGUGGAACAGUGCUCAUGUAAUAAUGUAGUCACUGCUCACGUCUUCCUUGUUUUCCUUCGAACCCCAUCAGCAAGGCCAAGAGGGGGUCUUGCUGCCUGGGCAGCCCAGGACCCCCAGACACAUUGGCCAGGUUUGCCCCCCAGGCAGGUCACUGCAGCAGUUUUACUUCACACCUGGAGGACAGUCCAUUGUCUCUCAAGACUGAUGGAGGCCAACAAUAUAUACUACUGUUCGUGCAUCUGCUCUUUGCAAUACCUUAGGUCUGAGCUAUGCAACAAUUCAGGUUUAGCAAAGGUCAUGGCUUGCUGACCUGUCAAAGUUCUGCAGCAAAGGAAUGGCUGCUUUGCUGAAGCAACGGGGGCCUUGAUUCGGCUCAGCGCCGUUUGCCAUCAUUUGUUUGGUGCUUCGCUCAGUUCUCUAAGGAGCUGGAAACAUAGACUUGUAAAGUUGGAAGGGACCCCAAGGGUCAUCUAGUUCAACCCCCUGAAAUGGAGGUCAGUUGAUCUGCAACAGAACUGGGUUAUAUGGCUCAAGGGCAGUCCAGACUGGGCAAUUCAUACCUCUAAUAAUUUAUGGUGUCUGCUUGCAAAACCUUCAGCUCUUCAGGCUUAGCUCUGUCUAUCUGUUUUAAUUAACUCGGGGUUUCGGGUCUCUCCUCAUCAGGACCAACCCUCCGAAGCUGAACGCCUUCAUCAUGGACAAGUCUCUGCUCGAUUACGAGGUGUCCAUCGACUCCGACUGCAAGCUCCUCACCGUCGGGAAACCCUUUGCGAUCGAAGGUUUGGGGGGAAACGUCAAAGGACUUUAUUUCAUGGCUCCCCGAGCCCUGCUCAUUUAG